AUGGGUGUGCAGCGGGCGACAGCGUUCCUCAGCGCCAUCAGUCCAACAGAGCUGCACCCCCACCCUCUGCGCGGUACCGCUCGAUCCAGCGCCCAGAACGACAGCGGCAGCAACUCCAGCUCCCAUUCCGACAGCCUUGGCGGCAGUUUCAACAACAUCGAGACCAAGGAGGAAGGAGCAGUUCUGGAUGGAAUGUCGCGUGCGCUGGGCCCUGGUACCGGGUCGAGCGGCGUUCUGCGCAAUUUCGCGAUACACGUUCCCAACACUGGUGGUCUCGUCGCUCCGGCCAACAUCCGCGUCGGAAGCCUUGCUAGUGCUGCCACACAAAGUACGUCUGCUCCAUCAGCUGCCAGCAUAACAAGCGGCAACGAUCCCGACGCCCCAGUGACUCUCGAUGCCGUCUCCACCGCUCGUGCGCACUUCUCGCGCUCCAUUUGUGGUGCGUCGGUUAGCAAGGCGGUUUCUCAGAUCGCACCGCAGCAACUUCAACACCGACGCCGCCAGCCCUUUGCCGCCGACGCUUCUUUUCGAAGCAGGCGGCAGGAGGGCUUUCUCAAGUCGCUAGGCAACAGCCUGAAGCCCGUCAAACGGCGUCGUCGUCACAACAACAGCAGCAGCAGCAGCUCUUCUUCCUCCAGCAGCAGCAGCCGUGGUGAGAGUCGGCGCAGCGCGGCUUCGCUGGUGAACAGCGGUGUGACGGCGGUCUGCGGUCUUGGCGCGGGUGCUGGUGGCGUUCGGCAGGAUGCGGGGACGUCUGCUGCCAACCCCGGCGUUACUGCCGCUGAUAGAGACCUAUCCGGCACUACGUUGAGCGGUGGCGCCACUGUGCCCGGCGGAGAGUCGAAUCUACCGCCACCACAGGGACAUCGACGCCGCGUCAGCGGCAACAACGGGGGCAAGCCGCCGCUGCAGGUCCACGACCUCGUGAAGAGGGAGGGCCAGCGGGUGCGACUGCGGUGGAUUUACAGCGACGUUCAGCAGCGCCGCUCGUCCUCAUCGUUGUCAUCUUCAUCCCCUUCGAGCCGUCACUCUUCCAGCUCGCCGCAGGGACGCGGAAAGAGGAGCCCUAAGUACGUCCCAGGCGGCGGCGACGGGACCGCUGAAGAUAAAGGUUCACUGGCUGCAUCUGGCGCAGGUCAGCCUCCUGACCCCCUCGAGGGGGAGUGGAGUGGAACACCUCAGCAUCUGUCCAGCGUAAGUCACACUCUCAUGCCAUUGUUGUCGUUGUCCUCCUUGUCCUCCUCGUCAUCUUCCGACGGUAAUUCGCGUCGUCGCCGCACUCGAAGCAAGAGGCGGUGGGAACGGCAGUGUUGGGCGCAGUUGGCUGCCACGCCGCUGUCGCUGUGCACCAUCUUGACGAAGUUCGAACCUUGCGUGACAUCGGUGUGGAAGGAGAACCAAGUGAUACAGCCGUACCGGGGCGAGUCCAACGCGAGCAGCAGCAGGUCCAGCUCGUCCUCCAAAAAGCGCUCGUCCUCGUCUUCGUCGUCGUCAUCGUCAUCAUCCUCCCCUUCGCACUCGCGGGACUGCAACGAGCUCACGUGCGAGUAUCAAGAUUUUGUGGUGAACAGCCAGUACCUCGCUGGUAACUACGCUGACCGCCGGCACGUGGCUGAGAUGACCAGCGUGGCCGGUAGCUCCAGGUCUUCGGAUGCGGGCCUCAAAAUUCACUCGCUGUACUUGUCCUUCUCAUCAAAGGCGCACUCUGAAAGUGGCACCCACAGCUGUCGUGGCAGCGGCAGCCGUACACAAAGCGACUCCUCCUCUUCUCACGGUAGCAGCUGCAGCUCUAGUCGGCGCAACCGCGGCAGCAGCCGUAGCAGUCGCAGCCACAGCAGCCGGAGCAGUCGGAGCAGCUCACGCAGCUCCUUAAACGUGCGCCACCGCCGCCACCAUCACAGCCGCGGCAAGGGCGGCAUCAUCAGUGGCGAGGGUGACAUUCGAAGCUACCGUAAGGUUCUCGCGCGACAGCAGUGCCGAAACAACCCUGCCUUCUUGAACGCAUAUUUCCUCGACACGGGCAACAUCACCGGUGGCGAGCGCCGCCGAAAGAUGAUCUCUCUCCCCUCCUACCGUGUCUCGAUGAUCUCGUUCGUCGACAAGAAGAUCUUGAAGAAGGACCUCAACCACAACUUCUACAUUCAGCACCCCGGGCUUGAGGUGCGCGACAUCAAACUGACGCACCUCCGCAAAAUCAAGCACGAGCUUCUUGUUUACGCGCUCGAGGACAACUCCUUGCUGGACCUGACCACCACAGCGUACGCGUACUGGUACUUCGAGCGGCUCGUGGUGCAGGGGAUGGUGGGCAAGCACAACCGAAAGGAGAUCAUGGCGGCAUGUGUGUUGCUCGCCAUUAAGUUCCUGGAAACGGGCGACCUCAUGAAGAAGAUCGCCUACUUCAAGAACCGGUGGCGCCGUUUUCACAACGUGUCUGGCGUGCACGUCGGCAAUGUCAAUGCGAUGCUCGGUGGCGGCGGCGCUAAGGGAGUGGAGGAGGAUGACGAGGAGGUGGUGCACGUGGAUUGGAAGAAGGUGGAGGAGCAGGAGUUCCCCGUGUAUGUUGGACUCGACUUUACACUGCUGCCCGGCGGGGACGGGCAGGUGAUCAAGACGCACAUUGAGCGCCUCCUGCAGCUCAUCAACGUGACCUCGCAGGAGUACUACAGCAAGAAGUUCGUGUCACCCGCGUAUCUGAAUCACUACAACUGCUACAGCAACCUCUACUACUAG